AUGUUCAGAGCUAGUCUUUCUUUAACUCCUUAUUCUGGGGAAGAUGGUGCUCCUAAGUAUGGCGAUUUUGAAUGUCAUAGAACAUGGAUGGAAGUUACCUAUAAUCUUCCGAUCUCGUAAUGGUAUAAUGAUACCCCAUAUUCUAACUCUUCAUAUUGGCCAAUCGAUUACCCUCCUCUCUGUGCAUAUACUCAUCUUGGAAUGGCAAGUAUCAUCUCAUUAUUCUAGCCAUAGGCGAUCUAAUUAGGGCUAUCAAAGGGUUAUGACAAGGGAUAGUAUAGAGCAUUAAUGGGCUUUUUCAUUAUGAUAUUUGAACUAUUGGUUUUCAUUCCUGCUCUUGAGAAAGUUCUUGACUUUUAUUAUUCUGAUAAAUCUAAGACCACUAGAAAUCUCUAUCUUCUAGCUAAUCUAUGCAUUACUCCAAUAUUCUAUAUCGAUCAUGGCCAUUUCUAACCUAACUCUGUUAUGCAUGGAUUGGUAUUAUGGGCAAUCUAUUAUAUGUUUCAAAGUAAGAUUGAGAAAGCUGUAAUUUUUAUGGUUUUGGCAGUAAACUUUAAGCAAAUGGCUCUAUACUAUGGUCUUCCUUUCGGUGUUUAUGCACUAAUGCUUUUGUAUAAAGAUUCAACUUAGGUAUCAAGCAAUUUUCUUGGUAGAACAGGUUAUAUAUUCGGAAGAGUAAUUAUUUUGAUAGCUGUAUUCAUUGGUACGUUUCUUGUAGUAUACCUUCCGUUCUUUUAGGCAUCAGGAUUACCAGGAGUCUAGCAAAUAUUAAUUAGAAUAUUUCCAGUAAAGAGAGGCUUAUUUGAGAAUAAUGUAGCCUCUUUCUGGUGUGUCUUACACAACUUCUACAAGGUUAAAUUCAUUUACGACCAACCAGCUUAAAUUAAGAUUGCGGCAGUUGCUACUAUUUUAGGCUGUAUACCUUCAGUCAUCUAUUUGAUGAGAACUCCGAAUAACAAGUAGUUCCUGUUUGCGCUGUUCAAUGUUUCUAUGUCAUUUUUCAUGUUUAGUUUUCAUGUACACGAAAAGUAGAUAUUGCUGCCUCUUUUGAUAUUUGGACUCUUAAUUCAUGAUUUCAGACAUUAUUUUACCUUCACAGUCACUGUAGGAAAUUUCAGUCUUGCUAAGCUUUAUCUUAUGGAUCAUAACUAAAUCAGCUAUUUCCCAAUGACUUUUGGUUUCUUCUAUAUCGGAAAAAUGUUUGACUCCUUCAUGAUAAAUAACUUCAAAGUACCUGCAAAAGAAAUAAAUAUAUUAUUAUAUGAUGAUGAGUUUUAAAUAUAAAACGAUAAUAAGGAUUAAAAAUAAAUAUGGAUUAGUUGGCUUAUAUUAAGACUUAGAAACACACUAUGCAGCUUAGGAGUAUUGUUCAUGAUUGGGUUUCAUAUUUGCAAGACUUUGUUCCCACCUUCUGAGAAAUUAUUUGAUCUUUACUGGGCUAUUAAUAAUGCCUUUUCCUUUGCAACUUUUGCGCUAGUUUUAGUAUAUUCGCACAGUCUUAUGCAUGAAAAUAAAAAUAAUUGA